UUUUGUGUUGCAGCAGCCAUAUGUCCCCCUCCAUGUCUUCUGUUUUCAAACACUACGGAUAUCAUCGCCGUCGACUACAAAACGUCUGCAGUACAUUCUGUGGUCAGUGGAUUAACAAGAGCUGUGGCACUUGAUGUUCAUUUUAGCAUGGGAUAUAUAUUUUGGAGUGAUGUGUCUGAGCGCAACAUUAAACGUUCUGGUAUUGACGGGUCCAGUAUCACGACAAUUAUCACCAAUUUUGGUGUAUGCGAUGGAUUGGCAGUUGAAUGGUCAGCAUCAGAAUUGUACUGGACUGAUACUACUCACGAUACGAUAUCAAAAUCUGACCUAUCGGGUAAUAACCAGCAAACAGUGCUAUCCUUGGGACUUAUCGAACCUAGAGAUAUCGCUUUAGAUCCUGAUAAGGGGUGAGUGACCGCAUAGUUUUAUUUUAUUUCAUUUUAGGUAUUUUCUCGCGUGUGUCCUUUGUUUAUCAAGAUUCGAAAUAGCCUUCGAACGGGUCGCUAGUGGAAAGGGGCGAAAAACAAAAUCGGCGAGCGAAGCGAGCCGAGCGUGGCCUAGGAGAGCCUAAAAAACUCCCACCGCCGCAUAGCCGCCGCAUAGGCGAAUAAAAGCCUCUUCUUCUCCUCCAGGCCACGCUCGGCUCGCUUCGCUCGCCGAUUUUCCUUUUUCGCCCCUCUCCACAUAUUAGCCUGUUGUAGGCUAGUCUCGAAUUUAUUACCACUUUAAAAUAAAGGGUUUUAACCUGAAAUAAAUUGCAAAAUUUUAGUGACGUUUUUAAAACUGAUUGACAAUAUUAACAAUGAAAAGAAAAGAACAAAGACAAAUACUUUUAGAUGCCUUUUUUCUGUCUUUAUAACAUGCAGUAUUACGUAACAUUUUUAUGACAUAGAAGCCGAAUACUUUUUUAUUUAUUGACAGGCUGAUGAUUUGGACAGACUGGGGUUCCAGCCCCAAAAUCGAAAAAGCAUCCUUAACAGGAAAUCAGAGAGUUGCUAUAGUAACGUCAAACAUCCAGUGGCCGAAUGGGAUCGAGCUUGACAGAUGGAAUAAUCGUAUUUAUUGGGUAGAUGGAGCCGUUGAUCAAUUGGAAUCCGUCGAUUAUGAUGGCAAUGACAGAAAACUACUUGCGACUGCAACAAAUUUUCAUGGUUUUGGAGUAGCCAUUAUUCCUCCUUUUCUCUUUUUCACUGACUGGGCUUCAAACGGUCAGAUUCACCAAGUUGACGCGGAGACCGGGUAUUUUGUUGUCAGCGGUGUCCGCUUCACUGGUAGGCCCAUGGGCAUUGUGGCUUACGACAGUUCCAGGCAACCUCCAGGUAUGCCGUAAAAUAGUGGUAUAGGGCGCACUAGUACUGCAAUUUUUUUUGCCGAGUAAUCUCAUUAUUACUUUGCAGAGUAACACGUUUACGUCGAUGAUUUCUUAGUCUUUUACCUUUAUCUCAUGAAUAAAAUGCAGUGGAAUCUCACUAAGAUAACUUUACGUUGACGUGCUUUUUUCAGGUGGUUUAACCGGUUCGACGGGUUGUUUAGUCACUUUUAGGUCAAUGAAUGUAUGAUGAUGAUGAAUGUUGGUUUUCAUGUUUUUGUUUUAAAGUUUCCAGUUCUUGCGCAACAAACAACGGCGGCUGCAGUCAUUUUUGCGUGGUGAAGACUUCUGGCGGCCACGAGUGUGUCUGUCCAGUUGGUUUGUCAUUGAAGGCAGAUGGAAAAACAUGCAACAAGAGUAAGACAGCUGCUUUGACUACAGAGGAAAUACAUUCUGUAUUCUCUCCUUUCUAUAUUCAUGCUAAAUACUUGAGCAACACCCCUCAGUCUCUUUAAGGUAAAUAUUUUCCCCAGAGAGAAAAAAGUAGAUUUAAAAUACAGUCGACGGAACCUUUAUGUGCAGCCAGCCCUCCGAAGAGAUCACCUCCAUGAUCAGCGACCAGCUAUCCUAACCUCCAAAACGUUUCUCAGCCAGAGCCCUCUAAUCAUUGGCUCGAUAACCUUUAAUUACAAAAUAGUGUCACGGAACCCCUAUAGAAACAUUGGGAUAACAUAACAUGACCUAGUCUGCUACACAGCCGUUUUCAAUGUCGUCACGCAACUCUCCUCCCCACUAGUGGGGAGGAACGUUGCGUGACGACACUAGAAACGGCUGUGUAGACUAAAUAUGACCUUGCCCAAUCUAUUACCUUUUUCUGGCAUAAAUCGUCAUGUUUUACUGUACAAAUAAGUCAUUUUAAGUGUGUUACACUUUGCAGAAAUGGACAAGUUCCUUGUUUUUACGGACGCCGAUGCUAAGUCUACUAAUAUUAUUUCGUUGGAUGUGAACUAUUUUGUUGCGCGACGUUUGUUCUUCCAUCACGGCAAUCAACGCCCGAUUGCUGUGGACUACGACCCUGUUGAGGACAGUGUAUACUGGACUGAUGUUGCACAAGGUCUAAUUAUCAGUGCUAUCUCUAAUGCGACUUCACUGAGGAUCCCUUUUCGCUGCAAUGUAAAGGUACCAGAUGGCCUGGCCAUUGACCACGUGGGGCAAAAUAUUUACUGGGCAGACGCAGGAACAAAUCGUAUUGAAGUUGCUCGGCUGGAUGGAACAAGCAGGAAAUUGUUGAUCAAAGAUGGACUUGAUGAACCCAGGGCAAUUGUACUUGAUGAAAGAAAUGGGUGAGUUAUAAAUCGAAAGGAAGUAUCGCGAUAUAGCCGAUCUUCCUCGCAGCCGUUUUUGUCUCGUCAAACAACGCUUUUCAAUACAGAUCUUAAUAGGGCUAUGUCACGAGGGGAGGAGCGUUGCGUAGGAAGUAAGUAUACGGCUUCCUUUAAGUUAAAGCCAAAUCAUCUUAGGUACACGAGAUGUCAAAGUUAGCGUUAUCAAAACAAUAAAGUUUAACUUUUUUUUCCGUAGAACUAAAAUUUGAUAUUGCUAAUUUGUGUUUUUUUUUCUGAUAAAGAACGAUGUAUUGGUCCGACUGGGGAUCCAAUCCAAUGAUUGAACAAGCAGCCAUGGACGGCUCAUCGAGACGAACCAUUGUAACAGGAAACCUUGGUUGGCCGAAUGGAUUAACUAUUGAUCAAACUACAAACCUUCUGUACUGGGCGGAUGCUAAACUGGACAAAAUAGAGGUUUCUAACCUUAACGGUGAUAACAAAAGAGUUAUUAUGCUAUCUACUGCAGAUAUUCACCCGUUUGGUUUGACGGUGUAUAAGAGCAUUUUGUACUGGACUGACUGGAACAAUAAAAGCAUUUCGCGGUACGAUUUAAACAAUGGGAACACGGAAUUGAUUAUUCAAGGUCUCCAAAAGCCAAUGGAUAUUCACCUGUACGAUUCGUCUCGGGUGUUUUCAGGUAAAUCAUUUUACUUAAUAAAACCCGUCACUAGCAACCACGGAGCUUUAGCAGCGACGACGGCAACGGCAGCGAAAACGUCAGUUUUAAAAUGAAUUCCCGUUUUUUCAAUCUUUGUGGCGUUUAUUCCAAUUUGCUGAAAAUGACAAUGUAGGCGAAUUUCUCUGGAGUUGAUUUCUUGAGGACCGCCCUCAAGCUUAGAGAGAGAAAUAGAGAUUCGUCGUCGCUUGUUUACGUCCUCCAUAAAACUUGCAAUUAGGCAUUUUCACGUCGUAGUCGUGCAAGGACGGUAAAGAAAUGUACAAAAAAGCGUGAUAAGUUGUUGUUCUGCUAAUAUAAGCCUAUUGCGUUUUUGACGUCCUCGUUGCUAAAGCUCCCUACUAUUAUAAUGAAACGGCACCUCAUACUAUUUUAAACGGUGUUUACAACUUUUUUUCAAUUAAAUAUGGUGGUACUUUAUAAAAAGAUAAAUUCGAACUUUUUUUUAUAUCUAGUCUGAAUUCUGGUGGCACCUAAUUAACUCUAACUUUAUUAGGGUCCCAUCCGUGCACAAUUAACAAUGGAAACUGCAGUGACUUGUGCUUGCUUACGCCUCAAGGAGGUCACCAGUGCGCAUGUCCAACAGGAGUAGUCCUCAAACCUGAUGGGAAAAACUGUAAUUAUGGUAAGAGCAUAUGAUUGGUUUUGGUAGUGCGCUUGUAGCACAUGUUUCCUUAACUGCUUUUUGUUCUGCAAAAUGUAGGAAAGAAAUAGUCAUGGAUAUGCUGAAAAUUUCAGGAUACUAAUUCUCCUGUGAUUGUCCGACCUUCACUUCUUUUUUUCAGAUUUAUUUAGGAACCUAAGCUCCGACAAGUUCAUGCUUUUUGCUGAAGCAAAUAGCGGGGAAAUUUACAAAGUUCCUUUGGCUGUACCAGACACUCCUUGCUUUCCUCUAGGGAUCAAAACCAACAUAUCCAGACCAGUUGCAGUUGAUUAUGACCCUAUUGAAGGCAAGGUUUACUGGACUGACGUGGUAUUGAAGCAGAUUGUUAGAUCUUAUCCCAAUGGUUCGGAUCUUGAAGUAAUAGCGGAGAGUAAUGUGGAAAAUCCUGAUGGAAUAGCAGUUGACUGGAUUGGGCGGAAUGUUUAUUGGACUGAUGAUCAAACUAGUAAGAUUGAAGUGUCACGAUUGGACGGAUCAUACAGAUUUAGCCUCUUUACAUCUGGCUUGGAAAAUCCUAGAGCUGUGAUACUGGACAUCGAUGCAAGGUAAUAAAGAUCAAAUAAUGAGGAAUACAACUUAAAAGGUAUAUUUGAGUCAAUGGAAACAUGAUAAAAAGAUGUUCCGGUUUUGUGAGGAAGCACUUGAAACUUGUUUGAAACACCUGCACUGUCUGUUUUGUCCCCUUGUCUUGAAAAAUCACUAAAAAAAGUGGGCUUUGCUAUUUAUCCGAAAAUCCAUUUGACUUGAGCUCCUACAGGCCUCAUAAAAUAGCAAAGGCUGUGCUUGCAAGUGAAAGUCAUGAUUUUAACAAACUUAUAACAAAUUUUCACAGCAUGCAGUGCCCAGUCAGUUUAAUAUUGACGGAUCGUACAGAACAAGCCAAAUAACAGAAAUAGACGUUGACAAACCUAGGGCUGUGAUAUUAGACAUCGAUGACAAGUAAUCUAGUUAAUUUUGAUCGAAGUGGUGGAUAAAUAUUGUUCUAGGCACCCUACAAUAUUCUCUACUCUAAAAUCCGUAACUAAUGGCCGCAGAAAUCAAUAUAAAAGAAAAACCUGUUUCUCAAUGUCGUUUUAAGACAGGUUCGCUUUAUUCUUUAUCUCUCUUUUGAUCUCUCUUUUCUGUCUGGAUUUUUAUUAUAGAAAGAUGUACUGGAGCGAUUGGGGAUCCUCACCAAAGAUCGAACAAGCGAACAUGGAUGGCACAGCUAGAACCGUUCUGGUUAGUUCUGGUUUGUCUUGGGUGAACUCCCUCGCUUUGGAUUUCAAAAAUAGGCUGCUGUACUGGUGUGAUGCUCAACUCGACAGAAUCGAAAGAGUGGACCUUCAAGGAAAUAACCGGGUGCUGAUACUGGAUUUGUCAUCCAAUAACGAUAGUUAUCACCCUUUCGGACUCGCCUUAUAUGAGGACCUGCUUUUCUGGACAGACUGGACUACAAAAAGUGUUCAUAGAUAUAAUAUGACGUCUUCCCUCUCCGAUGUCUUGGUUCUUGGAAUGGGAACACCUAUGGAAAUCCACUUCUAUGACUAUAGUAUCAUAACUUCGGGUGGGUGUUCCUUAGAAAUUUUGCUGUUGUGAAUUCAUUCAUUUUUUUUUAAUUUAUAAAUUUUUAUUUGAAAAUUUCAUUUAAAAAGGAGAAAACAAAUAAACAAACAAACAAACACAUGCCAUUUCUAAUAAUUCAGUUAACUCGAUGAAGUUAGCACUUGUUUGAUAAAGCUAGCUGCUUUACCGUAAUGAAAAACCUGUCAAUGUAAAAGACAAAAACUCGCUUCAAAGAUUUCGCGAUAUUCAUAGCUAUAUAUUCUUUAUUUCCCAGGGAAGAAUUUUCCUUUUCAUUUUUCAUUUUCAUUUUCCUUUCCCAAAAAGUUGACAUUUUUUCGCUGUUGUCCAAGUUUGACCAAGCCUUCUCUUCACUGUAAAAAAUUCAAGCCGGUUCAAUGGCCACUAUUUUUUUUACCCUGAAUACACGCCCGUCUACAUGUUGCCCACACAGGAACUACCAGCUGUUCUCAUUUAAAUGGAGGAUGCAGCCACAUUUGCCUGCCAAACCCGAACGGUCAUCAGUGUUUCUGCCCGGAAGGAGUGCAUUUGAUACCUGGUGACUCAUCGACCUGUCAAGGAGGUAGGAAUUAUGAUCUCGAAAAAGACUUGUGUUUUUUAGGUUUUCUUAUUUAUCUAAUUCUUUUUUUUUUACGCAAUCUUAAAACACUGUGAUAGACUUAAUUAACAUGCAGUUUGUCUUGAGUGCAUGGGCUAUGUUCAUUUAAUUCUACCACGGUGGAAUUAUAUUGAAAGUGUCGUUAUCUCUAAUCUCGGUUCUCUAGUUUCAUGUGAGUGCUUUUAUAGUAAUAACAUGACUGUAAGCUUUUUAGUUGCUGACAAUUCUGUAACAUUGGGAGUUGAGAAUCGAGGAAAAAAAAAAACAACAAAAUAUUGUUCUGUCCGCUACAUUCGCCCUCUGAGUAAAUUCGUGGAUAUUGAAACAGUCCUUCCCGGCAAAAAGGUUGAGUACGCGUUUCCGGGGACCCUGGUACUGAAAAUGGCAGUCUAGAUAGGCCAUUUCCGAGUUCCAAAGACUCUCACUUCUAAAUCGAGGCUAAAUGCAAAACCUUUCUUGUAAAAAUGAGUUUCAUUUGUAUGAGAAUAAAAACUCAGUUUCAUAUCAAUGGGUUCGCACCUGGCCUCGCUUUGAAACAGAGGCUUGACCCAACUGGGAAUAUGACCUAUUGUUUGCACUCUUUAACAAUUAUUCCUCGAGUCAAUAGCCGAUGAGGCCGAAGGCCGAAUGGGCUAUUGACUCAGAGGUCAUGUGGGCGAGAGGAAUAAUUGUUUUUGUAAAUUCUAACUACUUGGUCAAAAAUAUCGAGAAUAAAAAAAUUUUACCUAGUUAAAAGCUAGACUUUUAGGUCAGACUUUAAUACUUUUUUGCCGCCAAAAAGCCCGCACUUUUCGCUACUAGGGGGCUAUAACAUAUAGCCUAGUAGUAGCUUAACUAAUCAGAACGCAGCAUUUAUAAUAGACCACUAGCUGGAUUUCACUAAUAUCAGAUAUUUACUCCGCUUUUCCUUGAAAGCAUGCUUGAAUAUUGUUAGUCUGGAUAUUACAAGGAAGGCAGUGUUUCAACCUCUGACGCGUUGAGACGUACAUCCAGUACUCAGAAAGGAGGCCCGUCGAUCACAGGUGAUGAACAAUGAGAAGGGUCUUUUGAGUUGGAAUUUAACAAAGGGUUUUCCUUUCUUCAUUAAAUAGUGAACCGCUGUCCCCAACUGUUUGCACCUGUGCAUGGUAGUUUGCUGCCUUGUUCCAAUUUACCGGGGCAAUCCUGUGUAUUCUCAUGUGACCAGGGAUAUUUGCUGAGCGGUGUAAGCACCAGGACUUGCCAAGGCGAUGGUAGUUGGACUGGAGUAGAAACGCACUGCACUGGUAAGUCGAGGUAACAUAAUUUACAGAGUAGAAGGUUAGGAGCCAUUCAAGAAGCAGUAAAAUUGAAACAAGCGAUGGCUAUGAGCUUAACACUUUGCAAUACAUUCAACAACAUCUACGUUAAUUGCGUAACAAUGAUCGAAGUGAAAAAAUGAUAUAAAAGCGUCUUUACAGAGAUUUCUGAAUUCUGCAAAAUGGGUAGAAAAAAUAUGUGUUAACCCGAUAGAUAGCCCGCAUAACUGGCAGCGGUUUCCAUUUCCUCUUAGGCUAAAGAAAGAAGUGCUGGAAAGGCCCAAGGGGAUGGGGUAAAAUGAAACAAUAAAAAAAUUAGAAAAGGCGAGGGAGGCGGAGGGCACCUAAUCUUUGUACUGCUUUUUACGCCAUGCUAUCAAGUGUCUCCCACGUUUCUCUAGCUUGGUUAAGAGCAAAUAGAAAUGACUGUGUGGCUGUGAAGGGUUUUCAAGCAGUUUAAUCUGGGAUAGAGUAUAUAAACCAGAAAGUUUGGGUCUAGAAUAGGGCAUCAUUUUGCCAGGAAACAGUUUAAUUGGUUGAAGUUUUUAGUCUAGACUAGGAAAACCGGGAAUUUCCAUCAAAAAUAUAAAAAAGAUCAAAUCGGUUUUGUUUUGGCUAGACUGUACUAGUAACCUCAGUAGUUCCUGGAAAACAGCUACUCUAGGAUAGGGGGGGUUCCACGGUCCCCCAAAAUUCCUAAAGUCCCCCCCCCCCCGGGCUCACAGGCUACUUACCUGCUGGAUAAAUGUGCAAUACGUAUUUCCUUGUUCAGUUGUCACGUGUCCCUCCCUACCAACACCUUCCAAUGGUACCCGUCAGGGAUGCUCAGGCGCAUCAACAGAAAUCUAUAACACUGUUUGCCAGUUUUCCUGUCAUCCCGGUUUUGUGAGCGUGGGCUCCUCAUCUAGGACAUGUCUUCAGAACGGAAGUUGGAGUGGCCAAGAUUUUGUUUGCCAAGGUAAGAAUAUUAUUAGCGUAUUCGGCAUAAGCUUUCGUUGAAUUAAUCACUCCGGAAAUUUGGCUUCGUUAAUGGACGUUCAUUGUUUUAACAAAGAUUUAAGUAUGCAAGCAACCAAAGGAGCCCGCAUGCAGUCCUAAUCUACAGAUUGCCACCACGCAUUUACGACACGUAUGUAGCCAACAUUCGCUUGGGCUUCUAAACACCCACUAGCCCGCCCUCCCAGCCUAACCUUUGGUUAACUAAUCAGACUAGUUUAAAUUGUUCUCUAUGUGGCCAAACAAUUAGAUACAGGUAUAAACGUUCAAGACAAAUUGGUAUGAUAUGUGAAAGAAACUGUUAUAACGACAUUUUAUGUUAUCAUUUCCAGCACUGAACAUGAUUUCGCUAUUGGAGAAAACUUUAAAAUAUUAGUUUGGUAAAAUGGAUAAAUGAAAAUAAACGAGGUAUAAUAGCGAUGUCGUAUUGUGAACAAAUGUUUAAGUAUGGUUUGGGUGGAGAAGAUUGGCAUAAAUUUGAAAAAGAGGAUUCCUUCGGGCUUUCAAUUGGGUAUUAUUUCGCAGUGCAAAAGAUGACAUUAAGGUUUAAGUAUUACAAGUAAGAAACUAAAAUGUGUUUUCCUUGCAUGUCAGCUAUCAUUUGUCCACCUCUGUCGACCCCACCUAAAGCGCUUCUACUGACUCCUUCCUGUGGGAGUACUUAUGGAUCAAGUUGCCGAUAUUCCUGCCAAAGUGGUUAUACCAGCUUCACCGGAAAAGUCACAAGAACUUGUUUGCUGAACGGUCAAUGGAGUGGAAAUGACAUAAACUGCACAGGUUAUUUAUAACAGAAUGUAAUGCUAGGCAAUUUUGCCUGGAUCAAAGUUCUUAGCUCAACAAAGGACAGUCAAACUAAAGCAACCGCUAAACUAGUUUACUUGGAAGCCCAUGCCAGUUUAAAAACCAUCCUAUUCCAGGAAUGUUUUCCGAUUUCCCACAAUGAAAGGACAGUACAGUUUUCUUAUUUUAUAAUUCAUAGUAUGAUCUCAUUCUUUCGUUAGCUUGUUUGAUGAUUGAUAUGUUGUCAUGGCCUGCUCUAAUAGUAUUUAUUUUAAUUUAGGCAAUUUGUUUCUUCUUUCUUAAGACACUCAACCCCCAGACUUUGGUGCCACAUGCCCGGCAAAACAAUUGACAGCGUAUGCCGAGAGAGAAAUGUUAUCUGCCUUGGUGAACUGGACGCAGCCGCUUGCCACUGACAACUCAGGAGUUUCAAUAACAGUGACGUCAAAUUACCAGUCGCCAACGAGGUUCAGUCAAGGAACUCACGUGAUCACAUACACAGCUGUGGACCAAUCAGGAAACAAAGUCACCUGCACGUUUUCAGUCAUCAUUUUAGGUAGCAAAGACUGUAUCCAAUAAUAUUAAUUAUCUCCGUUUAAUUGUACUUUGCCCGACAGCACAGAGGCCACUGCACUUUCUGAGGUUUAAUCCUCGGGUAUUUCAGACCGCUCGAAGUUAAAACUUUGGAUUUACGUGCUAUAUCUGUGAUUGGAUUAACUGAGGGGCUCUUAUCUUUGAAUAACCGCUUAGUUAACGUUUUGUUUGACUUCCAUUUUGUCUUAUUUUAGGUCUUAAUCAUAUCUAUAACAACAUUCUCAAAUGUGAUUGGCUGUCAACUGUCCUGAUUUCAGCCUUAAUAGGACAGUACGCGUCAUGCCUAAGUAAUUGAAUAGUACGCGCCAUCACGCGCGCGCUUAAAUAACUUUUUCUUCACUGCUAGCAAAAAAAUCUCGGAAUUUCUUGUGUUUUGAUUUUAAAAAAAAGAACCAAAUAUAUCACAAAUUUUGUUAAAGUUAUGAUUAAUUGGUAACAGAACUUCGUGUCGUCCAAUUCGGUCUGUAAUCAUACUCGUGAUUAAACAAAUCGGACUCCCGCUACGCGGUCGUCCGAUUUUGUUAAUCACUUGUAUGAUUACAGACCGAAUUGGACUCCACUCAUUCCUGUUACCAUUACUUAUCAACAGCAAUAAUUAAUAGUGAUAUCCCUUUUGUAUCUUUUAUUGGUCAGUGAUCAACUGCACAUCUCUACGAGUUAGUCCUGGAGGUCCUUUACAAAUGGACAGUUGUGGUGAUCAUUAUGGUUCAAAGUGUAACUUCUCCUGUUCCGUUGGAUACCGUUUGAAUGGGUCUUCAACGGUGACAUGCAAUGCCCCUGGUAACAGCCCUCCGGGAGUCUGGGACAGCCCUAUUCCUGUAUGCCAGGGUACGUUUUCACGGUACAAUAUUCAUGUCGUGCUUUUCAUCUCUAUUUCAAUAUGGAAGCAAUACACACUUGAAAACCACUUAAAACGUUUUCAGGGUAGGAUGCUGAUGUCACGCUUUUCAUCUCUAUUUGAAUAUGGAAGCUCUAGAAGUUCCAUAUUACCCUGCGAGUAGAAAUUGCUUUCCGGCUUUCAAGGCCUUUAGCAUGAACGAAGUUCUUCGAAUGAUAAGCCACGCGAACGACUUCGUAAAACUCGAAGGGUAGCUCGACAUCCACUUAAACUUGAUUUACGUCACCUUUUCCAGUACCCUGUUCGGUUUACUCCAUAAACUAGUGCCCUGUAUAAUGCUUUUUUCAAAAGUAUCAGACGAGUGUUUAACAUUUAUUUCUUCACUAGAAAUUACCUGCCAGUCUCAUCCUGAUCUAAUCAAUGGAGAAAAACGUGGCUGUCUCAACCUAGUUUCCGAACGCUAUAGCGCAAUUUGUAGCUUCUCUUGUAAUGUUGGGUACAAUUUGACCGGCUCGUCAAGGAGACAGUGCCUGGAAAAUGGAACAUGGAGUGGGGUGGCUCCAACUUGUCAAGGUAAAUAUUAGAUGCCACUCUUUCGUAAAAAGUGGAAAGAACACUAAGCUUAGUAUUUAUAAACAUGACUUAUUAAAUUGACUAAAUUAAACGAUGUCAGUGAAGUCUUUGGAAUAAAUUUUUUUCCUUUUUGUUUGUCAGGUUGUGGGGGUGGGGUUCAACCCCGAGUGGAAUUGACAUAAAUGCCUUCUUCCGGGUGUUGUGCCUCAAAUUUUUGACUCAUACAUUCGUAGGAUAUUCAGUUAACGCGUUCAUGUCGAUUCAGAUAUGAAACUUUCCCAGUGAUGGCGGUUGUCAUAGAAGGCAUUCUGAUACUAAAGCAGUGACCGCUAUUUCACGACACUGUACUCACAAAUCGGCUGCACGGCCUUUAGUAGGAAAGGAAAUUGCGGGUCGCAAAUUUAUUAACUGCGAUCCUUUCUCUGUGGGCGCGUUCUUGUUUUCUUAAUAAAGUAAAGCUACGUCGGCCAUUUUGAAGUCGCGCUGGAAGACUGGGACGAUGAUGUGUAAAAUUGCAUUGUGGGACUCUUUUGCGGACUAUUUUUGAUCCAGUUUCCUGCGCAACCGCACAGUAGAAAAAAACUAAAUAAACAAUCCCAUAAUGCAAUUCCACACAACAUCGACCCAGUCUCAAUCUCAAUCUCAAAACGGCCUAUGAAGGAAAUGUUUUUUUUCUUAAAUUACAUAUUGCAGUGGUAAACUGUAGUGCACUCACGCCUCCUGCGAAUGGUACCGUGUCUCCACGUUCGUGUUUAUCAAGAAGCACUUACGGCCAAACCUGUAGUAUAUCCUGCAAUACUCCAGGCUACGUUCUUGAGGGCACUUCUGCAAGGGUAUGUGACAAGAACGGAGACUGGACUGGGAACAAGGACACGUUUUGUCGAGGUAUCGAGUACUUUCUCCUUCAAGUGUUACACUAUAAAAACUUGCCUAUAUUUAUUUUGCCAUUAUUUAUCUCUAUAGUAGGUGAGGUUAAAAAUUGAUGUUCGUAAAACAUUUAUAGAAUCAAAAGGGACCCAUCCCAUCUAAUCAAAAUAUCUACAGACAACUAAACACAGUUUUUCUGUUGCAUUGACUCAAAUAAAUUAAGAAGAAGUAAAAGACAUAACAACAAAGGGAAUGAGAACAUAAAUUUCGUUUAAAAUUGUCCAUGCGCAUCCUUCUCCUUUUAUCUUAUUAUUAUAGUUACAUUUAACAAGGUCCUUGUCGAAACAAAAUCUGGUUGUUUUCAGACAAUACGCCUCCUUCUUUCAAAGGCAGUUGUCCAAGAAACAUAGUGGUUUCCGUUCCUAAAUGUUCGUCCAGUACUGUGGUCUCGUGGAAUGAACCAAUAGCAAGCGAUAACUCUGGUCACAUGACUUUAAGCUACCCAGCAGUGCGUCCUCCAGCCAAUCUAAGUAUUGGUCUGCACUAUGUUCACUAUUCUGCAGCAGACGCCGAGGGAAACAGAGCGAACUGCAGCUUUGUGGUGCAAGUCAUAAGUAAAUAUACCUAUCAAUAAAGCCAUUUAUAUAAAUUAUUGAGAUGUAGUUGCUUAACUUGCUUAUGACUCCUGUUUUACGCACAAAAAAGCACGCCGCUCACACUGCUCCAUCAUGGAUGGAAAGAUAAAUUUUCCUACAGCGGGUCACUGGCACGCUCAAACAAAAUAUUUAAAAAUUUCAUAGUGUGUAAGUGAUCGCCUGGCAACAGCAAUAUCACCUUUUGGGAAAUGUGGGAAGGGAAGACAGGGAGGCGAGAUAUCGGAGAAUAUGGGCAGAGGGGAUAAGAGAAGGGAGAGAGGAAAAAGCGGGAGGGGAUAAAUUACUCUACAAUCCUUAGUAUUUUGUAAUCUAUAAACGAGGGCAAUAGGGAGGAAGGCAAGAAUAAAGGGGUAGGAGCUGGGAAUGUAAGGUACGAGAAGCGGGAGGUUUGGAUCCCCCUGCCCACCCCUCCCCCACUAAAAUGAAUUUCAUUGAGGCAUUGUACCAAUCUCAUACUUUUCUCCUUAUAUAUGCCAACAGGACUUAAGUGUUCGAUCUUCUUAAGACAUAGUGAUUGAUGGAGCGUCUUUAUAAAGUUCAAACUUCGUCAAAGAUCCCUUAAUGAAACACUUAAAAAGGCUGCGCUAAGGAACCUUAUACAACACUCAGUCUACAUCUUAUCAUUUCUCUCUGGACGAUGUUAGGUUCCAUGUCUUUGCCACAUACAUCAGGAAAGUACCUGCUACAUGCGUAAGUAAGUUAUAUGUUUAAAGUAUUUUGUUUUUUUUUUCCGAAGAAAGGUCGUGCCCGGUCCUUCAACCCCCAGUCUAUGGCACCAUAACGUCUCUUUCAUGUGGAUCCGCCUACGGUUCUCAGGCUAACAUCGCUUGUAACGAGGGACAUCGACUGGUUGGGUCACGAGUGCGGUCAUGUGAAGCAAAUGGGACAUGGUCAGGCAAUAUAACUACUUGCAAAAGUAAGAAAACACGGCAUAUGACCUAUAACAAUCUCUCCUCGUGGCGCGCGGGGUGUGAUGGGAAGGUGGGAAGCGAAGGAGAGACUCUUCGCCUCUUCUCCCUUCCCAUCACCCCCUGCUCCCGUCGCGUGCGUCACGCGUAGACGACUGGGGAUGAGUCAGACACAGCAUAUCCUUUUGCUAUAAAAGCAACUCAUGCUUUACUUUGACAACUGAUAAUGGUUCCGAUCAGCUUUGAGCCCAAUUCAUUAGUUGAUGCAUUAUUUUACGCUGACGAUAAGGCGCCGUGACGCAAGUUGAUCUUUUUGUAUAGGCAUUUGAACAGAAGCAACAAUUAUUAUUAUUAUUUUUUUGGAUUGUCAGUGAGUAUUCCAGGUGUUGAGACGAAUCAUCACAAAAAGUUGUUUACCAGCCUAUCUCCUCCUAGCCUCGCUGAGAGCUGGUAGACAGAUCUAAAAAAGCCAGUUACAAUUAAAUUUCUGAUUGUAUUCCUGAAACUGAGGCUCUCUUCCUGCUUGUCCAUGUUAUAUUCUCGCUCUUCCAUCUUUUUUUUCGUACAGAAACUAAAAUUAAUGAAUAAAAUAAAGAAAUACUUUUUUCUUUAGUUAGUUAGCUUCUUUCGUGGUACAAUAAACGGCCAAAUAAACGCCAAACAGCCUGGUAAUGUUGUAUACAGUGAUUGAAAAUUAUUUCUUGGAAUUAUUUUUUAUUCAGUUGUUAAGUGCCCAUCCAUCAAAGCUCUCGACAACGGAAAAAUCAGCCCCGCUCCCUGCACUCGUUCUGGGGGAGUAAGUUAUAAGACACAGUGUUUUCUACAAUGUGAUGUCUCAAAUGGUUAUGGACUUGAUGGUCCCACGCAAGUAUCUUGCCUGGCAAAUGGCUCCUGGAGUGGAAACAUUAGCAAUAUUACCUGUAAAGGUAGGUACCAAAACAUACUGUUGAACUAAAAUUGCAUUUCCUUAAGGUGGCUGAACACAGUUUUGUGGGCGGUCAGCGGUAACUAGCGUGAAGGCCCGUGUUUUAAAUUAGACAAACAAACAUGGCGGCCAAAAAGCAAUGGUACACAGAAGACGAUUUCUCAAAUCUACACAUUAAAAUUUUGUGAUAUUUGGCAGAGUUUUUACUUUUAUUGUAUUUUAAAUAAUGAGAACUUUAAAAUGGAAGUUGAACAGACGAAUUUUGUGACACAUUUAAUAAUUACAGUACCAUUAUAUUAUUGAUUAUCUAAAAUCCCGUCUGUUAAAAUUUGGUCAAAUAAGUUUCAAAUGGUAAUGAUUAAUUAUAGUAAGCGGUGUGCAAGUUUAUAGGAAAAUCUAAUGAGCGAAUUUUAUGUAAACUGAGGAAAAGUGGAAUUUUAAGGCUGUAUUCAAUCGUUUAUGUUGCCAUGGAAACUACAAAAACGUCAAAUUUUACCUGUCAAUCAAAACUUUUUAUCAGUGUAUUUUUCACUUGCAAAGUUUCAGCUUGUGAGCUGCAGCCUUUCGCCUGCCAUGAUUUGGCAAAGGACACAUACUCAUGAAUUGCCAAAACGGUGUUCAGACACCUUAAAUGUCGAGUCUUGGAGUUCCUCCUUUGCUUUACUGCUUGAUCCUCAAAUUGUACUGGCACUAACUACUUAAUGACAUACACUUGAGCAAACCUGUUUACCCAGUCUUUGAAAAUAACUAUGUAUUUUUGAUUUAAUUUCUAACCACAGAUAUUCAACCUCCCAGCAUUCAAUGCCCACCUAACAUGGAGACUCCCACAGUCGCUGAGAAAUCAUACGCAAUAGUCACGUGGCAGGUUCCAGUCCCUACCGACAACUCUAAAGGAUUCUUGAAUCUUAGUGGCGUACUUCCUCCACAGCGGAUGAAUGUUGGCACAAACGUAAUCAGAUACGAUGUCACUGAUCUAGAAGGGCUAAAACGGGACUGUCAUUUCUCCAUUCUAGUUAAAGGUGAAAUUAGUUAAACAGAUUUUGUGCCUGUUAGAUCAAAUUUGUGUCACCACUGAAGACUACUGGUGCUGUUGCUUUCUUUUGUUCACACUUUGGAAACUAUACUUGUAUGAAAAAGUUAUCUCAAUAAAGAUCAUCAUAAUUUUUUGUUUUUUUCGUGGUGUAAGGCCGGGGCUAUAAUAGAUGAAGUUAAAACCAGGCCUGUGGUCUGGGGUCUGGGGGAGGGUUAUAAGGGUCCAAACCCUUUUAAGCAUAUAAAGGUUUGACGGGAAUAUUUUUUUCUCAAAAUGAUCACCAACUUUCAUCUUGUAGCUUAACAAUGAAACUUGCGUUGCGCGUUGCCUCUCACAAGACGUGAUGAAAUCUGGACAAAAUUGUUUUUCAAAAACACUUUACGCAAAAGACUGGGUACUAAACGAAUGCACGUCACAUGUCCUGCACGACAACAAGGGUCUACGUAAAGAAACCCCAAUAUGGCAGACGUCACGUCAUGUGAAAACGUAACUUCAUGUUUGAUUAGCAAAAUUUUCUGGCUCCACCCUUUGGGUUUCCACCGCAGUGGUGAGUCGUUAAGAGUUGAUUAUAUUGUCCAAACGUCAUAUAUUUUCAUGAACAGAUCUUGAGCCGCCCAAGAUUGAUCCCUGUCCUGGUGAUACCAAGAUUAUAUCAACAGCCAGAUGGCACAAGCUCGUCCUGCCGUCAGUUAAUGUCACAGAUAACGUGGGUGUGGAGCUUUUCUCAACAAAUAUUCAAAAUGGAAGUGAGAUGACCUGGGGAGAGUAUAACGUUACUUACAAGGCAUUAGACAGGGCAGGAAAUGCUGCGUACUGUAGAUUCCUUUUCACUAUAGCUGGUAGGUUAUGCCUUUUUCAGUAAGUUUUAAGGGGUUGGAUCGAUUUGAAGGCUAUAGAUCAGGUGGGAUGGGGAGGGGGUUGAUAUUCGGAGAAAAUCCGGCUAUGUGUUUUUGGAUAACCUUGUUUCUAUUUUUAACCAAAGUAUAUAACUUUUCCUUCCCGGCCUCGUUUCAAACCUGCACUGAAUCCCAUAACUACUCUAAAUCUGACCUUAACAGCUCGUACACUCUGAUACAUGAUUCCACCUAUACUCGGCUUGCAAAUGAUUUGAAUUGCGUCCACAUUUAAGAAGUUCUUUAGUUAAUAAUGUGGCGUCUCUUAUGAACUCUGCUUGGCCAAUUGUACACGUCGGUUCCCGUCCAGAGGGACGAGUCUUAUCCCGUUUAAUAUAAAAACAACGUAAGUGCACUAAGGCUAACGCUAAAUAAGCUUACUUUUUGGCGCCUCACAUCUACAUAUAUAGCUCACUCGAAAGAGAGAACAGUUAAGCCACAACACUAGACUGCGAGCAGUCUCUAUUUUUCUUCAGAUUUGGUGAGAGCAAUGCACGCGCGCGGGAGCGACGCGCGAACCCGUCUCGCGUCAUCAGUCACGCGCAUGGCCAUUUGAGUGUCUCGCGUUUUGCUCGACGGACUACAGAAAAAAGAGAGACUGCUCGUAGUCUACCAUAACACUUUUCUCUAAAACUAACGAAUGGUAUCAGUCAUAUCAUUAAUCAAUAAUUAUCAUUAUUUAUUAUCAAGAUUCACCAUGUGAAGAGCUUGCGCCGCCUCUGAAUGGAGCCAAAGCGUGUGAAACGUGGAUGGCUGGGAUUAUGUGCACGGUGCAUUGUAAUAACGGAUAUGGAUUUGCGAACCAUCCAGAUCCCGUAUAUUUCUGUGGUCCUACUACUGGAGAAUGGAUUCAUGAAGGGAACAGCAAAGGAAAAAAACCAUCCCUUCCUGAUUGCUCAAGUAAGGAAAUGCAAUACGAGAGUCAACUUUCUUUAAUUUAAGAUGGACUUGACCGUUGUGAUCGGAGACUGGACAACAGCAGGGACCAACUUUAGGGGUACUUACCAUUUACACAGGGGAAACCGGAAAUUCCAAAUUCGUUGAAAAAUCUACUUGUGCGCGCCAUUCCGCGCCAUUUUUUGGUCGUUUCUUGCCUUGUAAGGACAAAAAAGAUCAACGUGAAGCAAUAUCACCCUGCAACUUUAGUCUUAUCGCAAAACUGAUAGGCUUAAAACCUACAAAAAUUAAGGACCCUAGCUUAAAGGGAACCUCCACUUCAACAAAAAGAUAACUUUAAAUCACAGGAAAUAACUGUUACAGUCAAGUCAAUCCAAAAUAUUUUUAAAGAAAGCGUUUGUAUCCGAAAGAAAUAACUUUUAGAUUCGCCUAUUUUUGUUUUCAAAUUUUGCGAACGUCGAAUAAUUGAAUAAUUGUGAAGUGUUACGGUUGCCCUAUUGUUAUUAAACAAAAGCUCUUUGUGUCAGAACAAUAGAGCAACCGUAACACGUCACAAUUAUUCAAGAUGGCGGCGCCCGCGAAAUUUGAAAGUGAAAAUAAACGAUUUUAAAAUUCACUUUUCCUGAUAUAAACACUUCUUUUUAAGGACAAAUUUCGAACAAAUUUGUUUGUCAACAUAAUUUUAUUCGAUUUAAACUUAUUCUGUAGUAAGAGUGGAGGUUCCCUUUAAACGUGGUAUUUGCUUUCCAUAAAGGUGCCUACGUUACAGGUAAGCAAUUAACAUCUGAAUACCGUUUACUCAACGAGGGUAACCAAAGACAUUCGAAUAGUUCUCGUUAUUGAUUAGCUAACGCAUGUCUUUGUUGGGAAGGAGACUUGACAUAUUCUGAUUGGACGGUUAGUGGUCACUGUGGUGCCCCACCUCAUCGUAACCUAGUAAUUUUUUUGAUUCUUUUUCUUCAUAAUAGAGACACACAUACCCAAAAGUGCUUUGGUGAACGGUCAGUACCACUAUCUCACUGACAGUUGCGGCGGAGAAACAAUGAGGGAAGAGAUCGCAAGGAACUUCAUAGAACUUUUAAAGAAAUCACCGUUUGGUCAAGCUGGAGCUUGUAGUGACGUCUCUCAGUGUAAUAUUCAAAACGUCGAGGUCGAAUGUGGCGUUACAACUCGUCGAAAAAGAGAUACGACUAGUAACCAGAAUACGGGGACAAUUCCUUUGACUGUUAGCUUUUCGUUACAAAUUCCAUUAUCUGGCGAUCUCAACACAUCUGUGGAUAUAAACCAGACAUCCGUCCAAAUUUCGAAGGAAGUACUAACUGUUCUGAGCAAAGUCGAUAUGACUUUGAAUGUCAGUGGAAUGGUUAUACGUACAGAUCCUUCAAAACCUCCACAAUUUCAGCUCUCUCGUCUGGUUUGUGAAGAGGGGCAAGUACAGAGUGGAGUGAUGUGUGGUAAGGGCAUCAUGGUCCAAAUGAUAAGUCUUUUUUGAUUCAGUUACUUCGGCGGCUGUUGAGUUCUUUACUAUCUUUCAGCCGCCAGUGGCUCAUAUUUGACGCCUCAUGCAAAAUAUUUUCGACAUACAGUCAACUCUCGCCUUGCGGACACCCCGCUAUAACGGACACCCCGAUAAUACGGACAGCAGCUAAAUCCCCGGAAAAAACAAGUUGCAGACGUUUGACUGAAAUAAACUCCCGCUAUUACGGACUCUCGCUAAUGAGGACACCACCUCGAGGUCCCUACAGUGUCCGCUAUAAAAGGAGUUGACUGUAUCCCAAAUUUUUGUCCCUAGACUUCCCAAGAAAAUGUUAUCGAGAACUCCAAACUGGGAAGUGAUUCUGUCAAUAUAAUCGGUCCACAGUUACAAGUAAUUAAAGUUUUCCUAACGAAAAGACGGAAGGAACCACAUACUUUGACUUUAAUAAUAAGGCAGGGAUUCUUGACGAUGCUUAGUGACCCAUAACAAACUUCAAGUAAACUUUUAUUUUCUAGGAGAUACAUGUAGGAAGCGCCUAGUUAGCUAGCAUCGAGUGUGUGUCGCUAUGUUUUAUGGUUGAAGUAAGUAAAAAUGACUGAUAUUGACUUUUUUUAUCUAGUUAACUGUCCUAUUGGAUACUUUUUCGAUGGCACAAGCUGUCAAGCAUGCGCAGUAAACCAAUAUCAGGAUCAAGAGGCCCAGAAUUCCUGUAAAUCAUGUCCCGCUGGAACAUCAACUUCCGGUCAGCUCGCAUCAAAGAAAUUGCAAGACUGCCAAGGUGGGAUU